UGCCACACGGUUAGCGGGAAAUUCGGUGCACAGCUGGCGCGAAAAUUCAUUGGCAAUUUGCAACAAGUGCAGCCAACUCCAGCUAAUACGCACAGCGUCGAGCAAAUUCAUUGGCCGGAACAAUAACAACAACAGAGCCAAGCAAAUGCAUUCCACGGCAUGCGGCGUCGGCGCCUCAGCCACCAAUCUCGCCUCGCUGCAAACCAACAUCAGCAUCAACAGCAGCGCAGCAGCAACAGCAGCCACAGCGGAUGCUCACAAGAUGGUUCACCACAGCAACGACGAUGCCAUGAACAAAAUUCCACUCAAGUCCUCCAACGGACUGGACGACGAGGAGAAAAAUGGCGACGAGCUGAUCCAGGAUACAGCCGCAGCCGAAGAAGCGCGGCGCGAACAGAUGCGGGCCAAUCUGUUGGCCUGGAUGAAAAAGUUGACAAUUGGCCUCAUCUGCUUCAUUGGCAUCGCCCUGAUAAGCUAUGUGAUCAUCAGCCUGUGCUUGAGCGACUGGUCCAAGUCGGCGAGAAUCACCAACAGCACAGUUGCCAAAGCAACAACGCCAGCACCAGCUGCAAUUGUUGGCAGCAGCACAGCAACAGCAGCAACGGCAUUCACAGAUGAUGUUGCCGAAGCCGCACCAUCCACACCAUCACCACCACCACCACCAACAACAACAACAACAAUAAGAACAACUAGCACUACAACAACAACAACAGAAAGCACACCAACAACAACAACAACAACAACACCAAGCAAUCCAAGCACAAGCCACACACUUAAACCAUUUAAUUCAACAGAUGAGCAAUCGCUGCCACCGGCAUCGGUGUCCGACAGCAGCAACAUGGAAGCGACAACAACAACAACAAGUGAGGAAAUCGCAGUAGCUGGACCAGCUGUAGCCGCCUCCACAUCGCCAACCACACCACCGCCCUCGACAGCACCGAUACUGGAUGACGCCGACGCCAAGAGCAAAAAGGAAUUCUCAUCCAAAUUGGGCGUCUAUCAGCAUGCGGCCGUUUGCUCGGAUACGGAUGCCUGUAGUCAGAUUGGCAGCAACAUAUUGGAGAGGAAUGGCAGCGCUGUAGAUGCAACCAUUGCCACAAUGCUGUGCAAUGGACUGCUGACCUCACAAAGCAUGGGCAUUGGCGGUGGCCUAAUAAUGAAUAUCUAUCAUCGAGAGUCUCAACAAGGCUAUCAGAUCGAUGCGCAGGCCGUGGCGCCCUAUGCUUCCCAUCAGAAGAUGUUCGAUAAAGAUGCCAAUGCCUCAAUUUUCGGACCGCUAAGCAUUGCAGUGCCUGGCGAGGUGAUGGGCUAUCAUUUGGCGCACAAACGCUUUGGCAAGCUGCCAUGGCGGACUCUAGUGGAGCCUUCUCUAAAAAUUUGCGAGACUGGAUAUCGAAUGAGUAACCAUCAGGCGUCGAAGGUGAAGAUGAUGUGGUCCUAUAUCAAGGAUAAUUUGCAGUAUCAAUCCGUUUUUCUGAAUGAGGAAACGGGAGAGCACCACCAGGAGGGAGCAUUGCUGAAACCACCGGCAAAACUGUGCAACACGUACAAACUACUAGCGGAAAAUGGGCCAAUGGACUUUUACAACGGCACCGUGGCUCAAAUGCUGGCCGAGGAUCUGAAGGAGCUGGGCAGCAUUAUAACACAAGACGAUUUGGAUACAUACACGGCCGAUUUGCGUCUGUCCGUCACCAUGCCACUGGGCAACGACACUCUGUAUGCCGUGCCGCCGGUGAGCAGUGGAUCUGUCGUCGCUCACAUACUGGGCAUUCUCGAGGGCUUUAAUUUCACACGGGCCGACUUGGCGGAUGAUGAGUCCUACGCUCUGACCAUACAUCGGAUUACGGAGGCGCUGAAGUUUGGAUUCGCACAUCGCCCAGAGCUGGGCGAUCCGCGUUUCAAUGACAUUCGCGAACUGGUCAGCCAGCUCACCAAUCCCCAAUAUGCAGCUCAGCAGCGCGCUAAGAUCAAUGACAACCAAGUGCUGGGUAGCCCGCAAGAUUACGGUGCACUGCUUAGCUCCGAAGAAGAUCCGUAUGGCACCUCAUCCUUUGCUGUGCUAGCGCCGAAUGGCGAUGCCGUUGCCGUGACUAGCUCCAUCAACAAUUACUUUGGUUCCAGUUUGAUUGGACCCCGCACUGGCAUUAUCUUAAACGAUUGCAUGAACGACUUUUCCGUCAAAGAGAAUAUAUUCAAUCUGCCACAGUCGCAAGCAAACACAAUAGAUUUACACAAGCGCCCCAUGUCGUCGCAGUCUCCAAUGCUGCUUGCGGAUCGAGAUGGCAAUAUCCGUCUAGCAAUUGGAGCUGCCGGUGGCACCAAGAUAGUGGGAGGCAUAGUCGAAGUGGCCGCCCGCUUUCUAUGGUUCGGCGAAGACCUGAAGACGGCCGAGGAUGCGCCACGGUUUUACAAUCAGCUAUUUCCCAAUGUUCUCCAGUACGAAAACGGAAAGUUCUCAGAGAAUGUGCUCAGUCUGCUGCGGAAGCGGGGGCACAUUCUUAAGCCAUUGUCCCAGAAAGCCUCUUCCGUGGUCUGUGCCAUCGGCCGCAAUGCGACAGCGAUCUAUGCAAAUGCCGAUGGACGCAAACAGGGCGGUGUUGGUGGAUUCUAAAGGGAAGCAUGCAUACACACACACACACACACAUACACACACACUCAUACACGCAUAAACAAACACUAGCGUAUCGUUCAAGUGAGAUUAGUUUGAAGAGAAUAU